AUGGCGGCGCCGGCGGCGGCCCCGGUGGAGCCCCGAUGGAAUUUGGGGAUUCCCGAAUUUCGGGGUCCCCCCAAAUUUGGGGUUUCCCAGGUGAUCCAGUACCAGACCGUGCGCUACGACGUCCUGCCCCUGUCCCCCAUCUCCCGGAACCGCCUGAACCAGGUGAAGAGGAAGAUCCUGGUGCUGGACCUGGACGAGACCCUGAUCCACUCCCACCACGACGGCGUCCUGCGGCCCACGGUGCGGCCCGGGACCCCCCCCGACUUCAUCCUCAAGGUGGUGAUCGACAAACACCCCGUGAGGUUCUUCGUGCACAAACGGCCCCACGUGGAUUUCUUCCUGGAGGUGGUGAGCCAGUGGUACGAGCUGGUGGUGUUCACGGCCAGCAUGGAGAUCUACGGCUGCGCCGUGGCCGACAAGCUGGACAACAACCGCAGCAUCCUCAACCGCCGCUACUACCGACAGCACUGCACGCUGGAGCUGGGCAGUUACAUCAAGGACCUGUCGGUGGUGCACAGCGACCUGUCCAGCAUCGUCAUCCUGGAC